AUUGAGGUCCCAGCACUGUCCAUCUACCGCUGAUCCACACACACUCAGGACGAGCGCAGCCGAGAGCCAGGAAACGCACUGCAUCUGCAGGAAAAGACGGGCGAGAAGAACAAGUUAGAACCUGUACAGCAGCAUGCAGGAUAAAGAAAGGCACUGGAUUGUAGAUGACAAAUCUAAUGGGAAGAAGGAUGGUAUUAUUCAGAUUCUGCAGAAGACAUCUUCAUUUUCUCUUCACCGAGACUGAAGGUUAAAGUGGACAGCAUGCUACUCUGAGCCACGCGGAUCCUUCCAGAAAGCUGGCCUGGGGGUCGACUGAGUCACGCAGAUGGAGGUUGGGAAUUUCUUGACCCUCCUGAUGGUUCUGUUGAGUGCCGGGGCGAGCGUCAGCGACCACUCGGAGCACACGCACCAGGUCAGCGCGUCUCAGUGCGGCGAGUACAGUAACCAGGUGAUGAAGGAUGGCACGUGCAAACUGGUGGCCACGCUGCCCCAGCUGGAUGACCAGCGCUGCCCCGACAUGUUCCGCUGCACGGACGAGGUCUCCUACUGGCUCCAUGAGAACGAAGAGCGCAAGCAGCAGAUCCUGGCGCUGCACGAGACCAUCUCCGAGCUGCAGGAGGAGUUGCGCAACCAUCGACACCGAGUUAAAGUCCUUGAGCUGCAGAGUGAAGAAAAGUCUCGUCUGAACUCGUCUCAGGAGCAUCGCUUCCGUGAGCUGGAGGCUCAGUACGCUGAGGCCACCACGCUGCUGCACGUCCAGGGCUCUCUCAUCUCCGACCUGCAGGCUCAGAUCCACAACCUCUCCAUGCUGGUGGAGAAAGUUCGCCGAAACCCCGGGUGCAUGAUCAACAUCGUCCGCACCAGCCCGCUGCUGAGCACCCAGCACACCCUGCACCCCGAGAUGCAGCAUGUCAGAAACUGCCCCAUUGACUGUGCCUCCAUCUACUACAACGGCGUGCGGCGGUCCGGGAUCUACACGGUGGUGCCGUCAUUAGGAGCCAUGCCUGUGGAGGUUUACUGCGACAUGGACAUGGACGGUGGCGGAUGGACCGUGAUUCAGCGUCGGCAGGACGGCUCGGUGAAAUUCGACCGCGGCUGGAAGGAAUAUAAGGACGGUUUCGGAGACCUGAACUCUGAGUACUGGCUCGGGAAUCAGCACAUCCAUGACCUGUCCACUCAGGGAGACUACACGCUGCGCAUAGACAUGGAGGACUGGAGCGGCAAACGCAAACACGCUCUUUACCAGAGCUUCAGGAUUGAGGACGAGACGGCCCAGUACAGGCUUCAUGUCUCUGGCUUCAGUGGUACAGUUGAAGACUCAUUCAGCUGGUAUCAUGACAAGCAGGACUUCAGCACCCCCGACACAGGAAACAUCUGCGCUGAGAUCUCACACGCAGGCUGGUGGUACAACCAGUGUUUCUACGCCAACCUGAACGGCGUCUACCACAAGGGUGGACGCUACUCUCCGAAGGGGAAAAAUACGCUGGGACCCAACGGCAUCGUCUGGUUCACCUGGAAGGACUCGGACUAUUACUCUCUGCGUAAAGUGACCAUGAUGAUACGGCCACGCACCUUCCGCCCACACCUAUCCCCCUGACGGCCCCGCUGUAGCCGGCCAAUCAGCGCUGAUGGGAGACGACGGGUGGAAAGGGUGAAAGGGUGGAAAGGACUGAAGGGUGAAAGUAGACUUUUUUUUUUUAUGGAGAGGAUUCUGUGGUACUUCCUAUUCUGAAUCAUAGGGGUAAACUAAAAAGUUUUGGUUUUAGGCCAAAGACCAGUAAGUAAUUUUCAUCCAUUCAACCUUUCGACAAUUUACUGUUCAUUAUAUGCCUGCAUCUGUUUUGUUAAGGAUCAUCAUCUUAGCCUGAAAUGUUUGGUUACUCUUAAAAGUAUAGCAAUAUUAAUUUAAAUUCUAUAUUUUUUGGCUGAAAGGAACACUCGCGUCUUUGACUUUCAACUAACCGUGGCACAUGAAUUACAUUCAUGAUUAAAAACAACACACUGCUUCAUCCCUCCUCAUUAAUACUCAACUCACACACCACCGAGAGAGCUGUCCUGCUCACAAAAUAAUUCCACAUUAAGAGAAUACAAA